GCGUUGCACGGUGUCACGAAUUUGCAUAAAAAAUCUGGUUUACAAAAAAAGUGCGUGAAGUGCCAGUGUUGUGGUUUAUAACGUAAGUUAGUUUGUGUCUUGGAAAUUGCAAGGUUAUAGGACCUAUCAUGAUGAUUCUCAAGUUGGCUGCAUUCCAAAUAAUCAUCGUUGCUUUAACCGCUGCUGCAUCCGAUGAUCGGUAUCUCAGAUAUGUAAAAGAUAGCUGUUAUGUAAAGGGAGAAGCGUUCUCUUGCGUCAAAUACAGAGCUCUGAAAAUAGCUAAGAAAACCUUCUUUGGUGAUAUGAAUAAUAAUGAAACUAUACAAGCCAGUGCAAUGAUCAGUUUGGUGCCAUUAGAUGAUGAAACUAUACAAAAUCUAACCCUCUCUGAUGAAGUCGAUUUACUCCAAAAUGAACCUAGGGGCUUCUUGUCGGAGUGGACUGAAAUUGCUAAGUACUUCAUGAGCUUGGUUAAGGAGUUCUUCAAGAUGAAAGCUUUGAGGGUCAAUUUGCCUGAGGGUUCGAGGACUAUUGAAGAACAGGAAGUUGAAGAAGAUGCCCGUGGUAAAAGGAAGAGGCUAGCGAUAAUGAUCCCAUUCCUGAACCUCCUCGCAACACUGAAGGUUAAAAUGCUGCUCAUCCCAAUACUCCUCGCUGUUAUGCUGAUCAAGAAAUUGCUGCUGAUUGCAGCAUUGUUGCUGCCCGGUUUGCUCAGUACGCUGAAGGCUUGUAAGCAACACCACCAUCCGAUGUCCCACUACUCAUACUUCGGGAGCGAUACCUCGGACUACAACUCCGACUACGCUAACAGCUACUCGUAUUCAUCAGGCGGAGGCUAUGGCAAGGACUGGCCUUCCAACCGCGCGUACUCCCUGUCAAAACACAGGCCUACGGCUGCGCCGGUGUAUAUCACUGCACCUGGUGCUGUCGCUUAA